CAAAAAAGCCACUUUCACACUUACCAUUUGCCACCUGUGCGUACUCUAGCACUUACUUUCUUUGUUGCUUCCAUUUUUUUACUACUUUUUUUUUACUGCUCAUGAAUCCAUCAGACUUGACAGCACAAAAGAAAGCCAUUCCUUUGUUACCGAAAGACCGUAAUAUGGAAGGAGGGGAUUCCCCUGCGGGCACUCCGCGCACGUAUCCCUCGAAACGAAGAAAAGUCGAUCCAAACGAACUCAACGGCAAAGGUCACCAUUUGGCCGAACAGGAAGUCGACAGUGACGAUGACAUGACCGACAUUCCUACCAGUGACAUCUCACCUUCGGAUCCCUCGAAAUGGCAAACCACUAUCAAUAACGUCGUGAAAGCCAUUGUCUCGAUCCGAUUCAGUCAAGUGGCCGCAUUUGACACCGAGGGAGCUGAAACUUCCCAAGCUUCUGGAUUUAUCGUUGAUGCUGUCAAUGGCAUUAUUCUCACGAAUCGACACGUUGCUUGUGCGGGUCCCUUUGUCGGCGAAGCCGUCUGUCACGAUCACGAGGAAAUUGACGUCUAUCCAAUUUAUCGCGAUCCCGUGCACGAUUUUGGUUUUUUAAAGUUUGAUCCCAAGAAGAUUAAAUACAUGCCGGUUACACAGGUCGAGCUUCGACCGGAGCUAGCCAAAGUCGGAUUAGAUAUUCGUGUCGUCGGUAACGAUGCCGGUGAAAAAUUGAGUAUUUUGGCAGGUUCUAUAUCUCGUCUGGAUCGAAAUACGCCCGAGUACGGCGAUCUCACUUACAACGAUUUCAACACAUUCUACCUACAAGCCGCCUCCAGUACCAGUGGCGGUAGUUCCGGUUCGCCUGUCAUUGAUAUCAAUGGCAACGCGGUCGCUUUGCAAGCGGGCGGUCACAUUAAAGCCGCCACCGAUUUCUUUUUACCAUUGGAUCGUAUUAAACGCGCAUUACAAUAUGUUCAGCGAGGUGAAACCGUGCCUCGUGGUGAUAUCCAAACCCACUUUACGUAUCGACCUUUCGAUGAAACACGACGACUAGGCCUUCGACCAGAAUCCGAAGACAAACUGCGCAAAGCUUUCCCGGAUGAAAUUGGGUUACUUGUAGUAGAAGGCGUGUUACCUGAAGGACCGGCUUACGGCAAAUUGGAAGAAGGUGAUAUUCUCUUGACCAUGAAUGGACAGUAUAUCACCAAGUUUGUUCCCUUUGAAGAAAUGUUGGAUUCCAGCGUGGGGCAAAAUAUCACCAUUACCAUUGAACGAGGAGGUAAACCCAUGGAAUUUACCAUCAACGUAGGCGAUCUCCAUGCCAUUACUCCUAAUCGUUAUGUUGAAAUUGGCGGUGCGGUGUUAAACGAGGUUUCGUACCAGUUGGCCAAUGCUUACUGUGUGCCCUGUCGAGGUGUUUACGUUGCAGAGCCUUCCGGAAUGUUUCGAUUGGACGGUCCCGAUAAUGGUUGGGUGAUCCGAUCCGUGGAUGACAAACCUACGCCGGAUCUGGACACAUUUAUUGAAGUCAUGAAAGGCAUUCCUGAUCGUGAACGCGUCCCUGUAAUCUAUUAUUCCAUUACCGACACACAUACCAGUCUUGUGGCCGUGGUUCACGUGCAACGCCAUUGGACGCCUUUCCGCAUGGCGGUGCGCAAUGACAGCACCGGUUUGUGGGACUUUACCGAUUUCGGUGAUCCGCUUCCACCGCGCUCCAUUGUUUCUUCUACCAAACGAUUCAUCGAGUUGGACCGUAGUCUGGGCCCGGCCGCUCACCUCAUCCGAUGUCUGGUCAAGGUCAACUAUUUCAUGCCCUGUCGCAUCGACGGUUUCCCACGCAGCCGAAGGCAAGGCGCUGGUGUCAUUCUCGACAAGGAACGAGGCCUGGUAGUCGUCAGUCGCAGCAUUGUGCCUACCACCAUGGGUGAUCUUACAUUAACCGUGGCGGAUUCAUUGACCAUUCCCGCCAAAGUGAUUUAUUUGCAUCCUACCCACAAUUUCGCUAUUGCGCAGUACGAUCCCAAGAUGUUGGGUGAUACCAACGUCAUGAGUGCGCCCAUUAGUGAUCAACCUCUAUUACAAGGCCACAAAGUGACUCUCGUUGCCAACAAUCAAAACCAACGUCCUGUUUGCGUCAACACGGUCGUCACGGAUAUCACAUGUGUCACCAUUCCUCACAACGGAGUUCCUCGCUUCCGAAGUAUCAAUUUGGAUGCCAUUACGCUCGACACUCCCAUGGCUUUGCAUUGCUCCUCGGGUCUGCUAGCGGAUGCCAAUGGUCUCGUGCAGGGCUUAUGGCUCAACUUUCUCGGAGAACAAAACCCCAAUAAUGGUCAUGACAAUGAGUACCAUAUGGGUAUUCAUAUUCAGCCAGUGUUGCCCAUAUUGGAGAAAUUACAGCGAGGCGAAUCCCCUACACUGCAGAGUCUGAAUAUCGAGCUGAUGCCUGUGCAAAUGGCGCAAGCCACGACCAUGGGACUUUCCGAUGAGUGGAUCAGCCGAGUCGAAGAAGCCAAUCCGGCCAAACAUCAACUGUUUAUGAUUCUGCGUACCGAAGUCGGCAGCGACAGCGCCAAGCAAUUGAAAGAACACGAUGUUAUUCUUGCGAUCAACGACAAAGUCAUCACACGGAUGUCCGAAAUGAGCGUGGUGGAAAAUGCAGAGGAAGUCAAAAUGACCAUUUUGCGACAAAAGAAAGAAAUGACUGUUCACGUGAAGACAAGUACCGUUUCCGGGGAUGGCACCAGCCGGGUGGUCUUUUGGGCUGGCGCUGUACUUCAAGAACCGCACAAGGCCGUCUUACAACAAAGCAAAAACCUUCCUUCUCGAAUCUACGUUUCCGGCCGAGCGCGGGGUUCGCCUGCGUACAUGUACGGACUGGAACCUACCAUGUGGAUCACGCACAUCAACGCUGUCAAGGUGGUUACACUAGACGAUCUCAUUGCUGCAGUCAAGGAUAUCAAAGACAACACCUAUGUCCGUGUACGAUGCAUGAGCUUCGAUAAUGUUCCUAUCAUGCUCUCUAUAAAGACGGUAGAUCACUAUUUCAAAUUGGCAGAAAUGGUGAAGGAUCCAUCCGCCGAUUGUGGUUGGUCAGCAAAGGAGCACUCUCAAUCUUCUUCAUCCUCUUAGACUCGGGAUCGUAACACAUGGCUAGCGUGUUUUUUUCUUUGUUGCUGUUUGGUUGGCGUUUAAUUUAUGCAUAAAAAUAAUAAAUACAGUAAUC